AUGUACUUCGUCAUAGAGGAAUGGAAAAAUGUAAUAAUAAAGCCAAGUCAGCUGGGCCCGAGAUACCAGCAGUUUAUAGAAGAUAUGCUGCGAAACAGUGUAGAAGGUCAGUGCAAUGCCAAGUAUGGAUACAUAAUUUGCGUCAUCCGUAUAAUUCAUAGUGAGCCUGGACGUGUACAGGACGGGACGAGCAUGAUCGUUGUGAAGGUCAAAUACCAGGCCAUCGUCUUCAAGCCGUUUAAGGACGAGGUACUGGAUGCAGUUGUGACGGACGUAAACAAACUGGGCUUCUUCGCUCAGGCAGGCCCGCUCAAAAUUUUCAUAUCGAGAACAGCCAUUCCCAAGUACUUCGAAUACUCGGAAGAUUCCCACUACCCCUGUUUUUCCUCAGGAGUGUACAACAUAAAACCGCAGACAACAGUGAGGAUAAAACUGCAAGGUAUUCGCUACGACUUGUCGAACAUGUUUGCAAUAGCCACCAUUAACAAUGAGUACCUGGGAUGUAUCGAGUCGAACACAUUGCAAGUUAUGUGA